AUGAUCCAGGAGCCGUACUGCCAGGAAGGACGCAUUGCAGGUUUCCCUAUAGCAUGGCAGGUCUUCCAGUCAAAAGCAAGGAAUCAAGAUCAAGCACCAAGAGCGGGUCUAAUAUGUUGUAACCCAGCCUGGAAUCCGCUGCUAAUUAAACAGGACAGAGACUUUGUUGCCGUUUUAAUUGUGCUCAAAAAUGCACAACUGAUUCUUAUAUCUGCGUACUCCUCCCCAACAGACUCCAUCGACAAUUUCGUAGCAAACGCAACGUACGUCCGAUCUAAAUGCCAUUCAACGCCACAAGUCUAUGGGGGUGAUCUUAAUGCGCAUCAUGUAAACUGGGGAUACCAAGAUAUCACUCCCAAGGGACAAGCGCUAGAGGACUACUUAACAGCAAACGACCUACAUUUGGUCAAUACCAGCGGCGCACCCCCUACCUUUGAUAAUACGUACUGCAAAGGUUGGCCAGAUGUCACCCUGGCAACAGGAACGGCUCUAUCGCAAGUACAGGACUGGAAAGUUAGCGACGAACUAAGCUGCUCGGAUCACCGUUACAUAACCUUCACAAUCAACUGUGACACCAACAUCUGUAUUUUAAAGCGCUUUAAGUUACCAAAAGCCAAAAUCCGUCCUCUGACAGCAGCCUUCUCUACUUUAUUAACAGCAGAACAGGAGACACUAGAAGCCUACAACGGCAAAGACGAGAUGGAAGAAUUUACAGAACAUCUUCUGGAUAAUAUUAAGACCAUCUGCUCAAAUUUGCUUCCAACGCGAGCUGCCAAGAAACGGCACAGCAUUUCAUGGUGGAGUAAAGAACUCAGGCAACAGCGUCAGAAAUGUCGUGCUCUAAGGCGCAGAAUAAGAACAGCAACCGACGAGGACACAAAAAUGCACUACCUUUCAAUUUUCCGUAAGGAAAGGGCAUCAUACAAAAAGAACAUCCUCGCAGCAAAGAUAACAAGUUGGAGAACUUUUUGCACGCAGAAUAACAAUCCAUACAGCGUCCUCCAUAAAUUGUCGACUAAUAAAAUCUACCAGCCAUCACAGAUCUUCGCCCACCCCUCUCUUACAACAGACAUCGCAGGAGCCACAGCUGCCACCUACUUAGACGCACUGUUCCCGAAUGACGAUCCAACACAGGACACAACAGAGCAAAGGGAGAUACGUGCAGACUCAACACCCUCCAGCAACUCCAGCCGACGAGCCCUUCAGUGA